AUGUCUACUCUUGUCUCUGUACAGCAAGAGACUGCUCUCCACAAAGCAUCCGAGCACGGCCACACAGGAACUGUACAGGCUUUACUCACAGCUGGAGCAACAAUCGAUGCAGAAAGCAACUGGGGAACCACUGCUCUCCACAAAGCAUCCUGUCAAGGCCACACAGGAACUGUACAGGCUUUGCUCACAGCUGGAGCAGCAAUCGAUGCACAAAACGGCAUCUCGGGAGAGACUGCUCUCCACUGUGCAUCCGAGCACGGCCACACAGGAACUGUACAGGCUUUACUCACAGCUGGAGCAACAAUCGAUGCACGAAGCGACACGGGAUGGACUGCUCUCUACUCUGCAUCCAUCAAUGGCCACACAGGAACUGUACAGGCUUUACUCACAGCUGGAGCAACAGUCGAUGCACGAAGCAGCAUCUUGAAUGAGACUCCCCUUCAUGCAGCAGCAAGGAGAGGACACCCUGAGUGUGUCAGAGUACUGCUGAGGGCUGGAGCCAACACUGUCAUAAGGAACAGUGAUAAGAAGACAGUAGAAGACCUUGCAGUACAAGAGGAUGUGCAGCAGGUGUUCCAGUUGUUUAAAGCUCUCCAACCUAAAGUGGUGGAUGACUUGCUCACUAUCGACCUCCGUGACAAAGGACUGACCUCCGUGCCAGCCGAGGUGUUUGACAACAGAGAUGUUCAACGUCUUGUCCUGUCUAACAACAGGCUGAAGAGCAUACCUGAGGAGAUAGGGCAACUACAGAAGCUUCAGAGGCUUGAACUUAACAACAACCUGCUGACACAACUGCCCCAGGCAAUCACCACUCUACCUACAUGUAACCUACAGUACAUUGACUUGUCAUACAACAAGUUGGAGACAUUGCCUGAUGGAUUCUCCAGGUUAAAACAACUUAGGUAUCUCUACAUCCGGAAUAAUGUAUUCAAAGAGAUACCAGAGGAAGUCUGUUCACUUCUUCAACUUCAGAUCUUGAGCGUGGGAGACAACCCCCUCAAGUGUCUCCCUGACAAGAUAUCUCAGCUCACAGGACUGACGAGGCUUGAUAUUGAUAAUUGUCAGUUUGAUGAGUUCCCCAGACAGGUGCUGCAGCUGGAGGGUCUAAACACGCUACACAUGGGGAACUGGGCUGGGGAGGGCAAACCUUCACUUGUACCUGAAGACAUAAGCAGACUGAAGAACCUACAAGUCUUAGAUCUUCAGGAGAGUGGCCUGGAGUCACUGCCGGAUGGUGUUGGAGAACUGUCAGAACUGUUGGAGCUAAACAUUGCUGGAAACAGAUUCACAUCAGUUCCUGAACAAAUCAUGAACCUGUCCAACAUCAGGCAGCUCUACUUGUCAUAUAACAGGAUUUCCCAUCUUCCCCUGAAUCUGAGCCGAAUGGCCCAACUUGUGGACAUGGACAUCUCAAGAAACCCCCUGACAUAUCCCCCUCCUGAUGUCUGUGAGAAAGGCACAGCCACCAUCAUGGACUUCCUCAGAAGGAAAAAGGAAGAUAAAGAGCUGAGGAAGCUCUUUUCCCAUUUCUCACAAAACGUGACCAAAGACGAGGUGGAGGAUCUGGCCGGAGCACUUGGGCUUUCUGCAGAUGAGCUGAGCACUAUCCAAGCUACAAAGACCCAAACACCAAGGUUCCAGGCCAACUACGUGCUGUUGAAGUGGAUUGAGACAGACAGAGAAGCAUCCAUGGACAAGCUUCAGCAGGAGCUGAGUGAAUUUGGCAUGGACCGUCUGGCAAAGGAGGCAGAAAGGGUUAAGACCCAGCCAGUUAAGCGGCCGGCAGAUACAUCAGGCGGGCCACCAGCCAAGCGCCUGGCAGCCGGAGGGUCUUCUGGUGAGGGGCAUCAGGAGGACAAGCUGGCACAGCUGAUGGAGGAAAACCAAUCGUUGAAAGCUGAGGUGGAAAAACUACAAGGCAGCCAGAAGUCAACAAGUCAAGAUGGAGCUGAGCGUCCUGCCAAAGAUGAUUAG